GGUGGAGAUGGUGGAGGUGGCAGCAGCGGCAGCAGCAGCAACAGCGGGGAACCAGCGGCCGGACCCGCGGCGCAGGCGGGCAGCGCUCACCUUCCUCACCAACAUCUCGCUGGACGGGCGGCUGCCGCGGGGGGACAACACCGCCAAUAAUGCCGGGGAUCCAGCCAGCCCUCGCCGCCUUCCCCCCUCCCCCUCCUCGCCAGCCCCAGAUCCAACCCCAACCUCAACCCCAACCCCAGCCCCAGCCCCAGCCCGACAAGGGGACGAAGCAGCCAACGCCGCCGCCCAGCGCUCACUGCAACCCGGCAUCGGCAGCGGCAGCAGCAGCAGCAGCGUCUCCUGGACGAGCAGCGGCGGCAGAGCAAGAAUCAACUCGUUCACUCCGGGAAUCCUCCCCGCCGGCUACCUCAGGCAAGCGUCAGCCCCCAACUACUGCCUGGAGCUGGCGGAGACGGGCAGUACCAUGGACUUGCAGAGAUCCAGACGCCGCUUGAUGUCGCAACGAUCUUCGUUGGAAACUCUGGAAGACAUCGAGGAAAAUGCUCCACUGCGGAGGUGCAGAACGCUGUCUGGUUCUCCUCAACCAAAAAGCUUUAGGAAGAUUCACUUCAUCAAAAGUAUGCGUCAAUAUGACACCAGAAACGGCAGGGUAGUGCUGAUCAGUGGCAAGAGGUCCUUUUGCUCUGUGUUCUCAGUCAUGCCCUAUCAGGACAGCGGCCAGGCUGGGGACGUGAAGCUGGAGAGUGGGCGACAGAGACACCCUUCAGGAGGAGUUGGUGCCAAGGAGACGCUGAUUGGUCUUGAAGGAGUAGAACUGGGCGCCGAUGGUAAGACUGUUUCCUACACGCAGUUUCUUUAUCCAACGAACGUUCUGGGUGGAAGGAGAAACACUAUUGAUUCCACUGCAUCUUUAGCACAGUUUCGGAAUGCAGGCCAUCGGAAUCUUCCUCUUGGGAGAGCAAACAGCACACAAGGAAGCAUUGAAACAGGCAAUGACGUGACAGAGGUUGCUGAAUACAACCCCAACCUGCUCGAUGACCCUCAGUGGCCCUGUGGAAAACACAAGCGUGUCCUCAUCUUCCCUUCCUACAUGACCACGGUGAUUGAGUAUGUAAAACCCUCUGAUCUUAAAAAGGACAUGAAUGAAACCUUCAGAGAAAGGUUCCCGCAUAUCAAACUGACGCUCAGUAAGAUAAGAAGCCUGAAGCGGGAGAUGAGGAAGCUGGCACAGGAGGAAUGUGGUCUGGAGGAGCCCACCGUCGCCAUGUCCUUCGUCUACUUCGAGAAGCUGGCGCUGAAAGGCAAACUCAACAAGCAGAACCGCAAGCUGUGUGCGGGCGCCUGCGUGUUACUGGCGGCCAAAGUGGGAAGCGAUCUACGCAAACAUGAGGUCAAGCAUCUGAUUGAUAAACUGGAGGAAAAGUUCAGACUGAACAGACGUGAACUGAUAGCGUUUGAGUUUCCGGUCCUCGUUGCCCUGGAGUUUGCUCUGCACCUUUCAGAACAGGAGGUGUUGCCACACUACAGAAGACUGACCCAGCACUCGUAGCACAGGCUGAGAGCGGGCCAAGGAAACCUCUCUGAUCAGCACGUGCAGGAACGAACCGCAGAUGCUGGUUCAAACCGAAAAGAGUCGGAGUAACUCAGCGGGACGGGCGGCAUCUCUGGAGAGAAGGAAACGGGCGACGUUUCGGGUCGAGACACUUCUUCUUGCUUAGGGAAU